AUGUGGAAUACAGUUUACGUUCGUGCAUUAAUAGAUAAACGCAAAAAAAGUAAUUCAGAAUUUCACAAUAUGAGCGGAAAUGACGAAUUUGAUCAACUACAUACAAAAAAUUUGGCGUUGAGAAAUUCAUCGGCAAGUUCAUCAACAAAUGCAAAUUUGCCUGUAGAGAACUGCCAAAAUUCUCUAGCAAGAACGGAUUCAAAUGAUAAUGAAUCCAAUGAAAGUCGUACUAAUAGUAUGACUAGUGAGGCUAGCGAAGCUAGUGAGGUUUCAGUUAAUAGUGAGGCUUCAGUUAAUAGUGAGGUUUCAGUUAAUAGUGACUAUAGCAAUAGCGUAUAA